AUGGCAGAGGCUUCGGGGAGUCCCCUGUCCCAGCCCACAGUGAGGAGGAAAAAAAGCAUAUCUAUCGAGGAGAAAAUUGACAUCAUAAGCGCGGUGGAGAGUGGCGCGAAGAAGGCAGACGUUGCAGCCAAGUAUGGCAUAAAGAAGAACUCCUUGUCUUCAAUCAUGAAGAAUAAAGAAAAAGUUUUGGAAGCCUUUGAAUCUUUACGAUUUGAUCCUAAAAGGAAAAGGCUAAGGACUGCUUUUUACACCGACCUGGAGGAGGCACUGGUGAAGUGGUACAGAAUUGCUCAGUGCUUGAAUGUGCCUGUAAACGGUCCUAUGUUGCGCCUCAAGGCUAAUGAUUUUGCCCAGAAGCUCGGACAUAGCGAUUUUAAAUGCAGUAAUGGCUGGCUUGAUCGUUUCAAGUCAAGGUAUGGUUUAAUUUUCAGAGCUCACCCUGUAGAAGCAGCUGCUACUGCUAGCAUAGAUGCUCCAACUCUUUGGUACCAAAAUGUGCUUCCUUAUUAUUUAAAUGAAUAUCAGCCAAAAAACGUGUUUUACAUACAGGAGACUGGAUUGUUGUAUCAAAUGUUACCACAUAACACAUUUGCAUUUAAAGGGGAAACUUGUUCUGUAGGCGAACUAAGCAAAGAGAGAAUAACUGUAGUGGUGGGUACAAAUAUGGAUGGCUCUGAGAAACUUCCUUUGCUUGUUAUAGGAAAAAAAAAAAGUCCAUGCUUUUUCAAAGAUGUGGAGUCACUACCUGUGGAUUAUGUAGGAAAUGAUACGGCAUGGAUGACUUCAGAAGUGUUUGAACAGUGGAUGCACAAACUCGAUGACAAAUUUCAAGCACAGCAGCGACGAGUGGUUAUUCUUGUUGAUUCACUCCCAGCUCACACAGAAGUAAAGAACCUGAAGUCUGUCAAAUUAGUGUUUUUUCCUCCAGACCCUUCUUCAUGUAUAACUGUGAAACAAAGGGUUAUCAGAAGUCUGAAGGUUAAAUACAGGCACUGCCUUAUCAAGAGAUUCAUUGACUGUGUAGAAGGUAAUGAAGAGUUUAUGCUGCCUCUUCGUGAUGCAGUUGAGAUGUUGUACCUGUGCUGGAGAGAAGUAACUCCAGACACCAUUGUAAAACAUUAUAAAGAAGCAGGAUUCAAAUUAGAAACCAAGGCAAAUGGUAACAACACAGAGGCUGAAAGUGAUUUUAAUUUGCUUGCACAUGCACAGGCAGCUGGAGUGGAGUUUCCAGAAGGUUUAUCUUUGGAGGAAUAUGCAGCUUUAGAUGAUGGCUUGGUCACUUAUGAAAUGCCCACAAAUAACGAAGGGGUGUGUGACAAAGAAAGUGCAUCAGAUAAAGCUGAGACAUUUGUUGGUGAUGAAGAUGAGGAUGAAGGUGACCGAUUUCAGGGAGCUGAACAGCCUUUACCAUCAAAAUCUGAGGCUUUGAAUGCUUUAGAUACCCUUCGAAAGUUUCUCAGAAGUCAAGACACGGAUGAUUCUCUUUGCGAUUCCCUAGCUGACCUGGAGAAUUUUAUUCAACAUGUAGUAUGUAAAUAA